AUGCAUGCCAUGCAGUCACAAAACCCUCCCACACCCUUCAACUCUGUGCUUGGACCAAGGAGUUCUGAUGGAAUGCAUGAAACCCUCCCACACCCUUGUUUGGGAUAUGGUGGUGCCACAUACCUGUCAUUGUUAGCACCAAGUCACAGAACCCUCCCACACCCUUGUUUGGGACAUGGUGACGCCACAUACUUGUCGUUGUUAGCACUAGGGUGA